AUGGUUGAUGCUUAUGUGUAUUAUAUGUAUGUCAUAGUGGUUAAAUUUGUUCAAGGUAAUAUGGAAGAAGAACUAGAACUUUCAUAUUUGGAUGGCGAGGAUGUAGUCGAUGAUGUUGUAGGUGUGGACUUCAAUAUAGUUACACAUUUACAUCGACAAUUACAAGUGCGUACAGCAAUUGCUGCAGUAACAAUGUUAUGCAUUGUUACACAUGCGUUGAAUAUAUUGACUAUAUAUUCGAAUCAUAGCACUACUAUUACGGAAUACGUCCCCAACAAAGACCGUCGCAGAGAGCAAUUGAUGUCUUACCUGGUGCACACUAAUCGAUGUCGUGACAUUAUUCGUAUGGGACCAGAGGCAUUUAUUAACCUAUGUCAACGACUAAGGUCAACUGGGUUAGUGAAAGAUGCAAUACGGUCAACCGUGGAGGAACAAGUUGCAAAAUUUCUGCACAUAAUUGGGCAUAACGUUAAGAAUAGAAGUGUUGCAUUUUUCUUCCAUCGUUAUGGGUCAACUGUUAGCAAACAUUUCCAUAAUGUAUUGGAUGCAAUUUUGAGCUUGGAGUCCGAGUUUUUAAUUCAGCCAUCCGGAAAUGAUGUGCAUCCAAACUUGGCCAACAAUAGUCGGUUUUUCCCAUACUUCAAGGGUUGUCUAGGGGCAAUAGAUGGAACUCAUGUCCGAGUUAAGGUCCCAAGAUCUGAUUCCGCAAGGUUCCGAGGGAGGAAGGAUUGGCCAACACAAAAUGUUUUUGCUGCAUGUGAUUUCGAUAUGAGAUUCACUUAUGUCUUAGCUGGUUGGGAAGGGACAGCAUCUGAUUCAAGAAUUUUGAAAGAUGCUCUUUUUCGAGAUGACCCCUUGAUCAUACCUGAAGGAAAGUACUAUCUUGGGGAUGCUGGAUUCAUGCUUAAAAGAGCAAUAAUGACUCCGUACAGAGGUGUAAGAUAUCACCUUAAAGAAUUUACACGAAGAGGGCCACAAAAUCCACGUGAACUGUUUAACCAUCGCCAUUCAUCACUACGGAACGUCAUUGAAAGAACAUUUGGUGUUUUGAAGAAAAGAUUCCCCAUUAUAGCAAGUGGAAGUGAACCUCAUUAUUCUUUGGAGACAAUGAUUGACAUUGUAUUAGCUUGUUGCAUCCUUCACAACUUCCUUCGUGGUGUAGACAAUGACGAUGCGCUAAUUGAUGAGGUUGACCGAGAGAUUAUGGAAAAUCAUGUAGAGACCAAUAUUGUUCACACACGUGAAGAUGAUUAUCGUCUUGGGUGUAAUUUUAGGGAUGAAUUAGCUGAACAAAUGUGGCGAGAUUACAAUAAUUGUGAGAACAUGAACAAGGGAAAAAGUGUUGGUAUUGAUUCCGGCACCGGAUCACGGGAAUUUACAAAAUGGACUGAAGACAUGGAUGAAAAGCUAUUGACAGCGAUGCUAGAAGAAGCCCGAUGGGGGAACAGGGUUGAUGGAAGCUGGACAACCCAAGCAUACAACAAUAUCGUGAGUCAUCUGAACCAAUUGGGGUUUGUCUCAGUGACCAAAAAUAAUGUCAAGAAUAGGCAAAAAGUGGUCAAGGAGAAAUGGCGUGAGGUUCAUGAUUUGUUCAGUUCACUUAGUGGAUUUGCAUGGAGUUCAUCAACCAAGCGGUUUGAAGCAGAAGACGAAGUUUGGGAAGACUUAGUCAAGGAACUUAUCAAUGCAGGCCAAACCAUCUGCGACGAAAUGAAGGGUCACUAA